AUGGAGUGCUAGUUCAGGGAAAACAUUUUUCCUUCCAAACUGCCCAAACACCUGGGACAGGACUGAAACAUAGAGGAGAAGGGAAGAUAAAGAAAAAGAGGCAACCAUGGGAAAGAGAGUGGCCAUCAUCGGAGCUGGUGUCAGUGGCUUGGCCACCAUCAGAAGCUGUCUGGAAGAAGGACUGGAGCCCACCUGCUUUGAGAAGAGUGAAGAUAUUGGGGGCUUGUGGAAAUUCUCGGACCAUGCAGAGGAAGGCAGGGCCAGUAUUUACCAGUCUGUCUUUACCAACUCUUCCAAAGAGAUGAUGUGUUUCCCAGACUUCCCAUAUCCCGAUCACUUCCCUAACUUUAUGCACAACAACAAGAUCCAGGAAUAUAUCACUGUAUUUGCCAAGGAAAAGAACCUCCUGAAAUAUAUACAAUUUAAGACACUCGUAUCUAGUGUAAAUAAACGUCCCGAUUUCUCAGUCACCGGCCAAUGGGAUGUUACCACUGAAAAGGAUGGUAAAAAAGAAUCCACUGUCUUUGAUGCUGUAUUAAUUUGUUCUGGACACCACGUGUACCCCAACCUACCAAAAGAGUCCUUUCCAGGACUAAGACUUUUUAAAGGCAAAUGCUUCCACAGCCGGGAAUACAAGGAACCAGGAAUAUUCAAGGGGAAGCGAGUCCUGGUGAUUGGCCUGGGAAACUCGGGCUGUGAUAUUGCCACAGAACUCAGCCGCACAGCUAAACAGGUCAUCAUCAGUUCCAGAAGUGGCUCCUGGGUGAUAAGCCGGGUCUGGGAUGAUGGUUAUCCAUGGGACAUGGUGUUGGUCAAUCGAUUUGAAACCUUCCUCAAGAACAACUUGCCAAAAGCCAUCUCUGACUGGUGGUACAAGAAGAAAAUGAAUGCAAAAUUCAAGCACGAGAACUAUGGUUUGAUGCCUUUAAAUGGAACCCUGAGGAAAGAACCUGUGUUUAACGAUGAGCUCCCAGCCUGCAUUCUGUGUGGCACAGUGUCCAUUAAGCCUAAUGUCAAAGAAUUCACAGAGACUUCGGCCAUUUUUGAGGAUGGGACAGUGUUUGAAGCCAUCGACUGUGUCAUUUUUGCAACAGGCUAUGGUUAUGCCUACCCCUUCUUUGAUGAGUCUAUCAUUAAGAGCAGAAACAAUGAGAUCACCUUGUUUAAAGACAUUUUCCCUCCUUCACUGGAGAAGCCAACCCUGGGAAUAAUUGGUUUGGUCCAGUCCCUUGGGGCUGCCAUUCCCACAGUUGACCUGCAAGCUCGCUGGGCAGUAAAAGUAGUAAAAGGAACUUGCACUUUGCCUUCUAUAACAGACAUGAUGAAUGAUAUUGAUAAAAAAAUGAGGGAAAGGCUCAAAUGGUUUGGCACCAGCAACACCAUGCUGACAGAUUAUAUUAAUUAUAUGGAUGAGCUUGCCUCCUUUAUUGGGGCAAAGCCCAACAUCCCGUGGCUGUUUCUCACAGAUCCCAAAUUGGCUGUGGAGGUUUUCUUUGGCCCUUGCAGCCCAUACCAGUUUAGGCUGGUGGGCCCAGGGAAGUGGCCAGGAGCCAGGAAUGCCAUCCUGACCCAGUGGGACCGGACCCUGAAACCCAUGAAGACAAGAGCAGUUGGAACCCCCCUGAAGCCUUGCUUGCUUUGCCGUUGGGUCAGGCUUCUUGCUCUUCCCAUUCUGGUUGUUGCUAUUUUCCUGGCUUGGAUCCAAUGAUCAUUCUCCCCAAGAUGUUGAAAGUUACUGAGAAUACCUGGGGCGGGGCGGGGGGGGGGACUUUUCUAUUUAAAAAUUAAGAAUUUCACACCUCCUACUUCCCUAUUCAGCAGGCAUUAGUCAGUAAAGCAGUACUAUUUCUAGGCUUUUAAAUAAGCCUCUUUAAGAAGCAUGCCAUGACCUAAAGAGAGCAUUAAUCAUUUCUUUUUAGUUUCCACUAACAUUUCAUAAUCAGAACUAUGGUCUUCUUCUCUAACCUCAAUCGUCUCCUGAAACAUUUUGACAUAGUUCCUCUUCUCCUUUACACAAGGUUUAAAAUACGUACUUCAAAUCUAAACAAAGAGCAAAUUCAGCAGAGUAGUUGUGAUAUUCUCAGGCCACCUCUACAAACCAUUUGCAGGAGGCUCAAGUAGGGAAUUUGGCUAUUAAUUCUAUUUUUGUGUUAUGCCAUAUCCUCCAGGCAAUAUGUCCUGUUCCUGGGCCUCCAUAGCAUGGACACCUGGUUUAUAAUGAAAAUUAACAAGAAGUAACUCAUCAUAUUUAUAUUCUCAACAAGGACACAAACAUAGAAGCAAAAUAAUACCAACAAGGAGUAGAACACCAAAUAUACCAUUAGCUGAAUGAAAAGUCUUCAAAUAUUUAGCCAAAGUCAUGACAAAAAUUUAAUACUGCCUUUAUAACAUGAGCUUCUGGAGUAUCAGCAUAAAUCUAAAGUUUUGCUUUUUAGGGGCACUGGGUGGCUUAGUUGGUUAAGCAUAUGAC